AUGGUAUGCCCUCCUCUGGAUUGGGUAGUCCAACACCCUGAAGGUAAAGAAUGGUUAAACAUUUCUGAUUUAAAAGGGGGUUACCUAAAUUCAAUAAGUGGUCUAAUACAUGACCGUUAUCGUCUUUUAAGUUCUGGUAACAUUAAGAAUUUCUUUAUUUACUUUGGUAAGUUCGAGGAUAGUUUAAGCCUUAAAAAGGCCGCAGACCUGUGCGAGGUAAUGAACAAGCUCCAGAGCCAGGGCUUUAAGAUCAACAGUGAAUUUCUUCAAUUAAUCCUCAAAUAUGAGGAAUCUUUUGUUCAUACGGGCUAUCUCAUGCCCUCCUUUCUUACAAAAAGAAACAUCAAUGAUGUCUCUGAGUUAGUUCGGAAUUUAUAUAUCGCCGCGGAGCAAAAGCUCCGUCAUCUUACCGACUAUAGCUCAUUGAUCCAGACUUUUGUCACUAACAUACAGCGUGCUCGUUACGAGCAAACGCUUAUCGAAAUGGCCUCCGCCUACGAUGGUUAUACAUUUUAUCUACCGGCAUUUCUUGACUUCCGCGGUCGAAUCUACCGCAGUGGUAUCUUGCAUUUUCACGAGCGUGAUCUUGCUCGAAGCCUCAUUCUUAUAGAAGAUAUAAGCAUCUAUGAGGAUUAUAAUCCUGAAUUCUUUGAUCAUUAUGUUCGUGCUUUUAAAACGGCUGCAGCCUACCAUUACAGGUCUUUCACUUCUGAUGAGGCAGCUCUAUGCAGGAUAUCCCAGCUAUUGCAUGACCUGAAAGGUACCGAUCCUUUAUUGAGCUCUGAGGGUACUCUUAUUGAUUUUGCAAAAGGUGCUAAACACCCCUUUCAGUUCUUGGCCAAUCUAAGGGCUAUUGUAGAGGUGGAUAAGGUUCAAAAAAAGUCUCCUUUUACUCUUGACCAAAUUCUUAGUUCUCCUAUUACCCAAGACGCCUCUGCGUCUGCAUAUCAAAUUCUGAGUUAUUUCUUGUUGGAUGAUACCUUGGCUAAGAGAACCAAUCUCAUCCCGAUGGACGGGGAUGAUCGCAUCCAAGAUGUGUAUAACCACAUUGAAAUUUAG